UGAAAGUCACCACUGCUGCAACACAUCCGGGUGAGAGGUCAGUUCAAGCUGCUGAAUCACAAACAGGAGGAAAAUAAUAACAUACUGUAAAUUAAAUAUGUCACGAUUAUAAACGGUGGAAAUCGAGUCGCAAUAUUUUCAGAAAGGUCAAAAUGGUCCCUACAGACUUUAAAGCCCUGAUCCAGAGGUUUUAUCACCUUCAGUCAGAGCGACUGGAGACAUAUCGGCUCUUUGAAGAAGGACAUGAGGCCUACUUGAGGACAGGCCCGCAGUAUGACUUUGACCACUACAGGCAGCUGGUCCAUGAGAUAACGCAGGCUUUCUGCGGCAUCUCCAAUGAAGUGCUGCAGAUCAAGGAGAAGCUGCACCGUGACUUUGACCGGCCAGACCUCUCAGAGCACAUUGAAAAACUGCAGAGCAAGGAGAAGGAGAAGCUUGAACUGACAGCCAAGCUGCAGCUGGCCAGGCAGCGGGCCCAGGAUCACCCAGAGGACGAGGAUUGUCAAGAAAAGAUUCAGGAGAUCAAGCACGACAUCAUCAAGAACAAAGAAACUCUGAGUGAGAUCAUGCAGGACUUUAAGUACGACUCCGAGGAGUCUGAUUGACAGGUGCCUCUCAGGAGGCCUGAACCCACCCUCUCACAUCACCAGACAGAAAGGCUGACAGAUCGACUCAGUACUGCUGCAACUUCCAGCCUGGAGUCUUCAGCUGCACCUAUUGAUCCCCCUUUGGCUCCGCCCUCUUCACUGCUGCAGUCUUAUUCCACCCAGGGGGUUUCCACCUUCUCACAGUGUGUGUGUGUUUCUAUCUAUAGUCAUGUGUUUGUGUAAAUGCAUGGCUCAGCAAAAACUAUGUUGUGUAAAUAAGUAAAUAAUUCUGAGAAGCCACUUACUUGAUACCUUGCUUUUUUUUUUUUUAAUAAAAAGACAUUUUCCAAAGUAA